GGGAGGAAGAAGGGACCCCAAAGGUCAAAGGGAAACCCUCGCCUCGCCUCCGCGCCGAGUGUAGCCUGCCCGUCGCUACUGCGCAGGCGCCACCUAACUGAUUCCAGGAAGGAGGCCCCAGAUUGGUCGGCCGGGGGAGGACGGCGAAUGGCAGGAGGACUUUUCGGGGCGGCCCCUCCAGAGGAACAGGCGGAGCUUAUAGAGGAAUAGGGCUCGCAGCGAAGUCCCGCCUCCAUUUCCGGAAACGAAUAGAACUGAGGCGCUUAAUUGACUCUGCCGCGGAGGGGCUCGGACCCAGGAGGACGGGCGAGCCCGGCGGAGGAAAGAAGGAAGGAAGGAGGCGCCGCCCGAGAGGAGAGGAGGCCCCGCGGAGCAGCCCCGGGAGGAGACGGCGGGGAAGGCCCGGCAGGGAUGAGCCGAAGGGGACUCCGGGAAAGGAGGCCGCCUGGAGGGAGAAGCGGGGAGCAGGAAACGGGCGGAGACCCCGAGACGGGCCUGGAGGGCGGAGGGUCCUUCAGAGGAGGCGGAAGACCCGGGAAUCCCCAGAGAAUCCAAGAGAGAGGAGAGAAAUAUGAAUGCCCGGAAUGUGGAAAAUCCUUCAAAAGAAAUGAAGCUCUUGAAAUCCAUCUAAGAAUCCACACAGGAGAAAGACCGUAUGGAUGCCUGGAGUGUGGAAAGAGCUUCAGUCUGAGGCAAAACCUUUAUAGACAUCAAAAGAUUCACACUGGAGAAAAACCAUACAAAUGCCUGGAGUGUGGAAAGAGCUUCUGUCAGAGUAGCCACCUUUAUAGACAUCAAAGGAUCCACACUGGAGAAAAACCAUACAAAUGCCUAGAAUGUGGAAAGAGCUUUACUCAGAGUGGAAACUUACGUCAACAUCAAAGAAUCCACACUGGAGAGAAACCACAUAAAUGUCUGGAGUGUGGAAAAUACUUCAGUCACAGGGGAAGCCUUUAUGUACAUGAAAGGAGCCACACAGGAGAAAAACUGCAUAAAUGCCUGGAGUGUGGAAAGAGUUUCAGUCAUAGAUGCAGCCUUUAUUCACAUCAAAGGAGCCACACUGGAGAAAAACUGCAUAAAUGCCUGGAGUGUGGAAAGAGCUUCUGUCAGAUUAGCAACUUUUAUAGACAUCAAAGGAUCCACACUGGAGAAAAACCAUACAAAUGCCUAGAAUGUGGAAAGAGCUUUACUCAGAGUGGACACUUACGUCAACAUCAAAGAAUCCACACUGGAGAGAAACCACAUAAAUGUCUGGAGUGUGGAAAAUACUUCAGUCACAGGGGAAGCCUUUAUGUACAUGAAAGGAGCCACACAGGAGAAAAACUGCAUAAAUGCCUGGAGUGUGGAAAGAGCUUCAGUCAUAGAUGCAGCCUUUAUGCACAUCAAAGGAGCCACACAGGAGAAAAACCACAUAAAUGCCUGGAGUGUGGAAAGAGCUUCAGUCUGAGGGGACACCUUUAUAGACAUCAAAGGAUCCAUUCAGGAGAAAAACCGCAUAAAUGUCUGGAGUGUGGAAAGAGCUUCAGUCAGAGGGAACACCUUAAUACACAUCAAAGAAUCCAUUCAGGAGAAAAACCGCAUAAACGCCUGGAGCGUGGAAAGAGCUUCAAUCAGAAGGAAAGCCUUUAUAUAUAUCAAAGAGUCCGCUUAGGAGAGAAACCUCAUAAAUGGAUGGAAUGUGCAAAGAGCUUCAAUUGGAGGGAAAGGUUCUAUACACAUCAAAGAAUCCACACUGGAGAAAAGCCAUAUAAAUGCCUGGAGUGUGGAAAGAGCUUUAGUCAGAGUGGAGACCUUUAUAGACAUCAAAGAAUCCACACUGGAGAAAAGCCAUAUAAAUGCCUGGAGUGUGGAAAGAGCUUCAGUCUGCGGAGCAACCUUUAUGCACAUCAAAGAAUCCACUCAGGAGAGAAACCGCAUAAAUGCCUGGAGUGUGGAAAGACCUUUAGUCAGAGUGGAAACCUUUAUAGACAUCAAAGAAUUCACACUGGAGAAAAAACAUACAAAUGCCUGGAGUGUGGAAAGAGCUUUACUGUGAAUGAAGCUCUACAUCAACAUCAAAGAAUUCACACUGGAGAGAAACCACAUAAAUGUCUGGAGUGUGGAAAAUGCUUCAGUCAGAGGGGGAACCUUUAUGCACAUCAAAGGAGCCACACAGGAGAAAAACUGCAUAAAUGCCUGGAGUGUGGAAAGAGUUUCAGUUCGAGAAACAGCCUUUAUGUACAUCAAAGGAGCCACACAGGAGAAAAACCGCAUAAAUGCAUGGAGUGUGGAAAGAGCUUCAGUCAGAGGAGCAGACUUUAUCUACAUCAAAGGAUCCACACAGGAGAAAAACUGCAUAAAUGCCUGGAGUGUGGAAAGAGCUUCAGUCGGAGUGUAUAUCUUUAUGAUCAUCAAAGAAUUCACACUGGAGAGAAACCUUAUGAGUGCCUGCAGUGUGAAAAGAGCUUCAGUCUGAGGGGAAACCUUUAUAAUCAUCAAAGAAUUCACACGGGAGACAAACCCCAUAAAUGCCUGAAGUGUGGAAAGUGUUUCAGUGUGAAAAGUACUCUUUAUAGACAUCAAAGAAUUCACACUGGAGAGAGACCCUAUAAGUGCCUGGAGUGUGGAAAGAGCUUCAGUCAGAGGGGAAACCUUUAUAGACAUCAAAGAAUUCACAUUGGAGAAAAAAAUAUAAAUGCCUGGAGUGUGGAAAGAGCUUCAUUCGGAGGGAACACCUUGAUACACAUCAAAGAAUCCAUUCAGGAGAAAAACCACAUAAACGCCUGGAGCGUGGAAAGAGCUUCAAUCAGAAGGAAAGCCUUUAUACAUAUCAAAGAAUCUGCUUAGAAGAGAAAACCUAUAAAUGCAUGGAAUGUGGAAAAAGCUUCAAUUGGAGGAAAAGGUUUUAUACACAUCAAAGAAUCCACACUGGAGAAAAGCCAUAUAAAUGCCUUGAAUGUGGGAAAAGCUUCAGUGUGAGGGGAAACCUCUACAAACAUCAAAGAAUUCACACUGGAGAAAAACCCUAAAAGUGCCUGGAGUUUGGAAAGAGCUUCAGUGGGAGGGGAAGUCUUUAUACACAUCAAAGGAUCCACACUGGAGAAAAACCAUAUAAAUGCCUUGAAUGUGGAAAGAGCUUCAGUCAGAGGGGACACCUUUAUACACAUCAAAGAAUUCACAUUGGAGAAAAAACAUAUAAAUGCCUGGAGUGUGGAAAGAGCUUCAGUGGAAAGGGAAGUCUUUCUAAGCAUCAAAGAAUCCACACAUGAGGAAAAACCAUAUAAAUACCUUCAGUGUGGGGAAUUCUUCACAACAAGCACAAAUCUUUACUGUGUGUGAAUACAAUGAGAAAUUCUUCCUGAUCUGAAUUCACCUGGGAGAAAACCCCUAAAAAUUCAUGGUGCGUGGAAAAGGUUCACUCAAAAUAGGUCUCAAUAAAAAUUACAAAUUUACACUCAGCAGAAAGUUUAUAAAUGCACCCAGAGUGUGCUGAAUCCUUCAGAACAAAUGGCAGUGUCAGCUCCCCAUAGAUCCCUAUAGGGACGCUGCCCUUCUGGCGGGAGGGGGGACCCCGGGGGCUUUUCUGUGGUGCAUCCAUUUUACUCUGUUCCUCUUUUCCUUUGAUUAUCUUCCUGGGGAUGGAGGGAUGAGCCUGGGGCCAUCUGUUUUGUCUCAGCUCCCGAGGAUCUCAGCCUCUGAGAAGAACUUCUUACCACCUCCUCAGAUCAGAGUUCUCAUAACACCUUUGCACCUCUGCAUUGGCUCUCUGUAUACUGAGCAGUUGGGAAGGAUUUUGAAAUGUGGGUUUUAAGCUGUUGUUUUCACACGGGAAUUUUAGAUCCUGCCUGCUUUCUCUGCAAUCUAUCUCUCAAUAAAAGUUCCUUUUGAAAUGA